AUGAGGGUUGCCAUGGAGAAGCUUGUGUUCUCAUUGUUGGUGGUAGCUCUGUUUCAAGGGUGCAUGGUCCUGUCUGUAGAAUAUGAUCACACGGCAAGCAUCGAGUGCCUUCGCGACCCAAUAAAGCCCUUGUACAACGGAGGCGUCAUCCAGAACAGCGAGUUCAACAGCGGGCUGAUGGGCUGGUCGACGUACCGGAACAUCAAAGCCGGCGUGAGCAGCUCGCCGUCCGGCAACAAGUUCGCGGUGGUGCAUAACGCGGGCAGCUUCCUGUCCAGCAGCGGCAGGUUCCUGCCGUCCCACAGCGUCUACCAGAGAGUCCAGAUGCAGGGCGACAUGCACUACUUGCUAUCAGCAUGGCUGCAGGUCUCGAACGGCACUGCCCAUGUGAAGGCGGUCGUCAAGGCCCCCAGCGGCGAGCGCGUCAUCGCCGGUGCCAUCGUUGCCCAGUCCGGCUGCUGGAGCAUGCUCAAGGGAGGCAUGACCACCUACUCUUCCGGACACGGAGAGAUCUACUUUGAGAGCGAGGCACCGGUGGACAUCUUGGUGGACAGCGUCUCCCUGCAACCCUUCACCUUCGACGAGUGGGACGCCCACGCCCGCCGCUCCGCCGACAAGGCCCGGCGACGAACCGUCAGGUUGGUCGCCAAGGGCGCCGGCGACAAGCCGAUGGCGCACGCCAACGUCAGCAUCGAGCUCCUCCGGCUGGGGUUCCCGUUUGGCAAUGCCAUCACCAAGGAGAUCCUUGACCUCCCGGCGUACGAGAAGUGGUUCUCGUCGCGCUUCACCGUGGCCACCUUCGAGAACGAGAUGAAGUGGUACGGCACCGAGUGGGCCCAGAACCAGGAGGACUACCGCGUCGCGGACGCCAUGCUCAAGCUCAUGCAGAAGCACGGCAUCAAGGUGCGCGGGCACAACGUGUUCUGGGACGACCAGAACUCGCAGAUGAAGUGGGUGAUGCCCCUCAACCUGGCCCAGCUCAAGGCGGCCAUGCAGAAGCGGCUCAAGUCCGUCGUGUCCCGCUACGCCGGCAAGGUGAUCCACUGGGACGUGGUGAACGAGAACCUCCACUUCAACUUCUUCGAGACCAAGCUCGGCCCCAACGCGUCGGCGCAGAUCUACAACCAGGUGGGGCAGCUCGACCGCAACGCCAUCCUCUUCAUGAACGAGUUCAACACGCUGGAGCAGCCCGGGGACCCGAACCCGGUGCCCGCCAAGUACGUGGCCAAGAUGAACCAGAUCCGGAGCUACCCCGGCAACGGCGGGCUCAAGCUCGGCGUCGGGCUCGAGAGCCACUUCUCCACCCCCAACCUCCCCUACAUCAGGAGCGCGCUGGACACGCUGGCGAAGCUCAAGCUGCCCAUGUGGCUCACCGAGGUGGACGUGGUCAAGAGCCCCAACCAGGUGAAGUUCCUGGAGCAGGUGCUCAGGGAAGGGUUCGCGCACCCCAACGUGGACGGCAUCGUCAUGUGGGCAGCGUGGCACGCCAAGGGCUGCUACGUCAUGUGCCUCACGGACAACAGCUUCAAGAACCUCCCCGUCGGCGAUCUCGUCGACAAGCUCAUCGCCGAGUGGAAGACGCACCGUGCGUCCGCAACCACCGACGACAAGGGGGCGGUGGAGCUCGACCUCCCCCUCGGCGAGUACAAGUUCACCGUGAGCCACCCGUCGCUCAAAGACGCCGCCGUCCACACGAUGGCCGUCGACACCUCGUCGUCGGAGCACACCAUCAACAUCAAGUCGUAGGAAAUUAAAUGUGAUGCGGCAGCUCUUUAAUUCGUAAUAAUACUUUUUUUCCUUCGUUGUGAAUAAUCGGGGAGGAGACCUCACCUGAGAUGUAGUAUAGAAUGGCUCCAAGUCCAAUUCACAACCGAUGAAGUGUUAGCAACUUUGCAAGAGGCAACUUUUUUGUAAUCUAAAUGAUAU